CGGCAUAUGCGCCAUGACGUCAGAGAUCAGCUGACUGGUUUGUUUUGCUGGGCUUCACAGGACGAAGCGACGACACGCUACUGAAAUAAAACGAUUUCGCAUUAUUUAAAACAUAACCGAUUAAGAUCUGUUCAGAGACAGAAAAGGAACAAAAUUAGGCAGGUUUGCCUAAAGGAAACGGUGUCUAAUCUCAUUUUAAACAUGCCUUCGGAAAAGACAUUUAAACAAAGGAGGACAUUUGAGCAGCGGGUGGAGGAUGUACGGCUGAUCCGGGAACAGCAUCCAAGCAAGAUCCCAGUCAUCAUCGAGAGAUACAAGGGAGAAAAGCAACUGCCGAUACUUGACAAAACUAAGUUUUUAGUUCCCGACCACGUAAACAUGAGCGAACUUAUUAAGAUAAUCAGGAGACGCCUCCAGCUCAACUCCAACCAAGCUUUCUUCCUGCUUGUCAACGGUCACAGCAUGGUAUCUGUGUCCACCGCCAUUUCUGAGGUCUACGAGCGCGAGAGAGACGAGGACGGCUUCCUGUACAUGGUCUACGCCUCCCAGGAGACAUUUGGAACUGCGUGUCCUCAGUAAAAAAUGGCAAAACGAUUGCCUUUCACUCUCUGACAAUGAUACAACCUACCCUGAACUCUCUUUGCGACCUCUCCAUUGCAAAUAUCCCUAUCCCCUUUCCCGUCCCCAUCCAAACAGGAACCAACUGAACUUUUAGUCAUUUGGCUCACCGAUCCCAGCCAUUAUCCAAAGCUAAAUCCUAACUUCCCACAUCUCAGCCCUUUAACCUCGACUCCCUCCAAAUAAUUUGAGUUUUAAUAAUGGUAGAGGAGUCGUUUGUAUUUAGGUUAUAGGAUAGGUUAUGGUUAGUUGGACUAAUUAUCUGGAUUUACUCAACACAAAGCUUGAACGAAAGACUUCUGGGUGUAGAGAUGGAAUCAUCUCAGUUUCUUAAGCGGUUGAAUUUCUGAAAUGGCAUCUAGUGUAACAUUAGGCGGCCAAAUAGAGGUUAUCUAUCAGGUCCAUUUUAGCUUGGAGGGGUCGCGUUCACACUCUGGUGACCUUUAACCCUUCCCGCUGUUCGUCGAAUCUCUUUAUUUGUUGAGUUCGACAGCCUUUCCUUACCUGUAGGUGUUUUCCGCUGUUCCAAUUUCCAUGUUAGAAGCAAUUCAGUCUUUUCACCUCCCCCUCGAGCUUUUUGCUAAUUGGGUCAUGAGCGUUGAGGUUCUUGGAUUUCACAGUUCGGUGGGUAAGUCAGUGUUCGAAACGACAUCCUACUUUGCCUUGUUGACAUUUGAAGUAUGAUCCAAUGGGACGUACCUGAGGAAAUAAAUAGUAAGCAAUUUAUAAUACAAGAAAUUCUGCUUUGAUUGUAGUGUGAAGCUUUAAAAGUGCAAGUUUAGGAAGGAAAAUGUAAUUAUAUUCAAUGGUACACUGAGCGAAUGAAUGUGGCUUUAGCGAUUGUGGCUCAAGGUAGUCAGGGCAGCUCAAUCACGGACACGAGCGUUGCCCGAACAUCCUUGCUCUUUUAUGUGAACGCUUUUAGACUUUUCAGUUUUAUUAGAGGAUUAAUUACGCCUUUAUAAAUACAUAACCGUGAGCUGUUGUACCCUUUCCAUCUGUCUUACAGUAAACUGUACAGAUAAGCUUAGAUGCCUUUUCUCCUGAGCAUUUAUUUGCUGUUUGUCUUGCUCUUAUUUAAAGAGAUGUUAUUUUUUCGUUGUUUUGUUCAUGUAAAAGACAAUUCAUAUGUGCUACUAUUGUGCAAUUUACAAAAGUGACUGUUUGAAUGAGAGUUUAACUUUAAAGGAUUAUCAACCCGUUAUCGAAGUAAGCUCAUUUAUGUAUUUCUCCUGCUCAGAUUUACAGCAAUAUCACACUUCUAUUUCUGUUGAUAUUUUAAAAAAUAAAAGAGAAAUAUGCAUCCUGUC